UAACUUUUAAAUAUCCCUUGUACGACUUUUAAUAGGCGAUUAUAGGUUAUCUGUGUAGAUAAGAAAACUUCUUAGCAAACACUCGUAUCGGUUAUGUCUUUAUAAAUUAAUAAAUGGAAUAUUUUCACCUUGAAUGACUUAUAAAAUUCGAUUCUACGUGGCGUAGAGUCAAUAAAUCGGGGUUUUCUAUACGUUUCUAACGAGUGAAGCGUGUUUUACCAUAGAUACCCCCAAAGUAAUCGUGGUGUUACUUUAUCUGUUAUGGGUCAAGGUUUUAGGGGGUUAUAAUGAUUAAUAUAAGUGUAUUCGAAUCGCUGAUUAUGUGUAAAAUGACUUUAAAAAUGGCUUUAAGGACUACUCAUUAGUGCGGGUUAUACGCGGUUUUAUAUGACUUAAAGCUUGUUACGUAGGUUUAAUACUUCUCUCGUCUAGUCUAGGUUAAGUAUGGGUUGAAAAAUGGUGACGUUAUAAAGUACGAGCCGAAUGACAGACUGUACGGGCACUGAAUAUUAAAUAAUGUACAUGUUACUAAGGGAUCCUUUACCUGUUUUUAGGAGUAGGCGUAAUUUAGUCACCUGUUUCUACCCCCUUAUUAUUUACGAAUAAAUUAUAUUAUUCGCUAUUAUAACUCGCAUUUUAUAAGAACAUUUUUUAAAAUAAAAGUACAAUUAUUCAUCACUAAAUUAAUAAGGUGGACUUCCCUUCAAAAAAUGCUCCUGUUAGUUACAAGUAAGGCUCGAGUUUGUUUGAUUAAUAAUUAAUUUUGUAUGCUGUUUACAUAGAAAAUUAUUGAUGUAAGCGUCAGAAAAUCUGUUACUCUUUCAUAUAAUCGAACCUUGCCACGUAACGUCUCACGUGAUCGCUGGUGAAGGACUUUCGAUGACGAUCGCUUCAACCCCUUCAAUAAUUGAUAAUCAAUGACUAGAAUGCUGCGUAAUUUUACAAGUUUAUAACUGUUUAAAAUCUAUAAAUAUGCAAAGAAGGAAAGGGAUAGCCUUUCACAGACCCUUAAAAAUGUUUAGCUGGGCAGGACUGGAUCCACCGGAUACGCCUCCUGAUUCUUCGGAUGGACCGGUGGUCGGUGACACCAAGCUCCUGAUGAAUAACACCUCCUGUCCGGAACCCACCAUCCUACCUCGGAGCGCUUCCUUCACUUUGCCAAACAAGUCAUCAGACACUCCCGUGAUACCUGUUCUACCAGUCACAGAAGAAGCCGAAAGCAGAACAAACAUACCUGCGAGGGACAGCGAAGACUCUGGUCUCGGAACGAACAGCAACUUCAAUAACAGUCCCCACCACAAACGUCCUCCGGCACUCAAUCUGGAGAUGUGCAUUCAGCAUUCGCCGCCUUCCAGAACUAAUUCAUUUAUAGGUUCCUGCAUUAGUACUCCUCCCACGCCCACGACCAGUCGAAGAGAUGGGCAGUUUGUCUUCUCACAGUCUGACUAUGAUGCCAUGAUAGUAAUGUUGAGUGCCGUCUAUGCCAAGUUACUAGUGGUGAUGGGAAUUUGCUUUCCGUUGGCUGAAGUAAUAUCGCACAAGAUACCAAUUUCAUUUUACGAGGGCUUCUAUCUCUACUUAUAUCUGGGAAGUAUUGCUUUUCUGGUGUAUGUUUACUUAUUCCUGCUAAGAUCGGGUUCACAGAAGAAGAAAUCCAAACGUCCUUCCUCUUCGUUGUUCAGAAGUAUUAUUAAAAAGGUCAGUUCGAGCUUACCGCCUCACGGUAACAGUUGUUCCAGUUUCGAUCACGUUACUAACCACCACAAAAGGAAGGUGGAUGACGCUCCCCACUGCGGGAGUUUCUAUCUCCGUCUGGGUGCCGUCGCAUUUGGCAUCGGCAGCAUGAUUUACUCGGGUCUGGAGUUUGGGCAGUUUUUUGAAAUUCAGCAGGACACUGCAUGUUACAAUGUUUUGUUUGCACUGACACCCAGCAGCAGAAUGGCUUUCACAUUCAUUCAACUUUAUUUUAUUUUCUUGAAUUCAAGGAUGGCCAUCAACAAAUAUAAAACAGUUGCCAGAUUUGGAUUAAUGCACAUGAUCGCAACUAAUUUAUGUGUUUGGCUUCACGUCUUGGUCCAGGAGACAAAACAUCAAAUAGUCAGUUUAAAUAAUCCUAACGAAACAAAUAAUCUAAUUAUGAAUUACGUUCAAAUGAGGAUGAAUCCCGAAUCAGUUGUGGACACGGAAGUAGGAGUACAUCUUCGUCCCGAAGGAUCCGUCGAUCAUCACAGAACCGAAAGAUCUGUAGAUUCCCACGGCGUGUAUAAGAGUCACAACUGUCGUCGUCUCAACAUCAUGGGAGAAUUGGUACAAGAUGCUAGUCCAUUUCUUUUUCCUUGCACUAUCGAAUACAGUUUAAUCUGUGCAGCUAUUUUGUAUGUCAUGUGGAAGAAUACGGGAAAGUCUCGUGUAGACUCUCUUACGGCAGAUAACGGUAGCGUCCAUCAUUCUUCCAUGUCGUCCAGACAUCGACACUACUAUCAAGUCGACUGUGCAAAGGCAAACAAGGGUCUGUUUACAGGCAUACUGGUCUUAGUCAUUUCAAUUAUCAGUUUAAUUAUAUUUUUUGUCCUCAUUAAUAAACCAAAUUAUAAGCAUUUAGCAGUUUUAGAAGCUCAUGUGGCAGAAUUAGUGCUGUAUGUUUUGACUACUUUGGCUGUGAUCAUAGCAUUGUAUCAGGUACACGAAAUGAAAUAUAAUCCUCAUCGAACCGUAGACGAGCUCGACAACAUCUUACUAAUUGUUGCUCAGACAGGUCUCUAUCUAUUUACAAUGUUUAGCAUCAUCGGAGGUCAUUUCACAAUGGAUCAAAAUACUGUUCUCGUUCUACUGACCGCACUCGCCUGUCUCAUUCAGGGAACCUUACAGACCAUCUUCAUUUUGGAUGCUUCCAGACGUUAUGCAAGAAGCAGUGACCAAGCACACAGAAAACCAGGUAGAGAGAUGGUGACAUUUCUCUUAGUAUGUAAUUUUGCCAUGUGGGCCAUUAACACAUUAGAAACUCGAAGAGCAGAUUCUAAUCCAGUCCAAAUGAACUUCUACGGUUUCUGGGCUUGGACCAUCAUCACUCACGUCACGACACCGCUCACUAUUUUCUUCCGCUUCCAUUCUACAGUAUGUUUAUGUGAUAUUUGGAAGAGAACAUACAAACUGAAGCCAGACAGCAUAUAACAGACAAUUUUUUUUUAAUGUAAUGUCACGAUAUUCAAUCGCAAACAUUUCAAAUGCUUCUGUAAAGGAUCCAUUUAUUAAUAACUCCUGUGGAGGACAUAUUGAGCAUUACAAAUAAUGCUUCUAUCUACAAUACUUCAAUUUUAUGCACGUUAUGUUUGUUUUAUACUAAUGUCUUCAAUGUCGAGAAAGUCGUGUCAGUAAACGUCGUCAAGGAUCGUGCAGUUAAAAUGGAAUCAGACUGAUCACAACAUCAGAAAUGUGGACGAACUAGUAACAGAAAAUGCUGAAAACUGGUCUAUCAUUCUUUAAUAACAUGCCAGACGAGUCCAUUAAAACAUGCUUCCACCUGCAGUAAACAAUUCCGUUUUAACCGUGCCACUCCAUUUAUAUAAGCACAAGUGAAAUUUUAUCAUCAAGAAAAAUUUAAAUGUUGAAAUUUAAUAUUUAAUCAAAAUGUUAAGACGUCAUUAACCGUAUCUUUCUUGAAGAAAACAAUUCUAAAACGUGUUCGUAUUGCCAUUUUACUAAAAACUUUUUAAAUUAUGUAAAGAAAAUGCAGCUCUUUUUUUAUAGAAAACAUUGUUCUUAUAUGAAGAGUUUUAGUUAAAAAAACUGAAAAUUGAUAUUUAAAUUGCAUCCAUUCUCAUGCUUUCGCGCCAAUGCAUCCUCGUAUCUCAGGUCGUCAUUUUUUAUCAUCCGUCUUCGAUAACUGUUUAUUAAUUAAACAUUACAUACAGCAGAAAUAUAAGCUCUAUUUUCUAUUUUAAUACUGUUCUGCAUUUCUUAACUGAAAUAUAUCAUUUAUUUUGUAUUUUAUUUAUAUAUACAAGUACAUAUAUAUUUUUUAAAAGCAUUUUAUCGACAAUACAAAUUAUAAUUGUAAUUGUCCUGCUUGGCAUUGAAAAUUUGUGCAAAUUUCAUGAGGAUGAAGCAUCAAAGAUUAAAUUUUACUCACAGAUAGCCUUAUCAUGCCUAUCAGUAUUGGACCAAAAAUUGUUUGAGUUUUUUUUACUUCCGAUGCCAAACCAUCCAAUGACGAGACUAGAGCCACUUUUAAGAAUUUUAGCCCCCGACAAAUUUUGAUUAGGAGUCUCGCGACAAGGGUCCGCAACAGAACCUUUAAUAAACUCUCGUGUCUGUCUGAGUUCACAGCAUGAGAUUUCUUGUUAUCAAUUAGCAAACUAUUCUAGCAAAUUUCUUCUUCUUGUAGGGUUUCACUUAAUGAUGGAUCACAUUAGAGGUUCUAUAAUGAAGCUGAAAAGGUACAUUUUCUAUGUUAGAUACAUAAUUACUUUAAUUAGUAGUAGACAGACUAUAUAGGUUUGUCUAAGUACACGUUACGAUGUUUGCUUAACAAGAUAUUUUCUUGGAGCAUAUCCUCGUCAUUAAAUGGCACGUACCUGUAUAGAAUGUUUUAGCCAUUGGACACUUUCCGAAUUGCAUAAACUUGCUUAAUAUCAAGUCAUUACUGUGUACAGACUUGCAACAAUGCCAAGCAGGAUACUCAUAUCUAUCUAUACCUGUAAUAUCAUAUGAUAAUAAGAACAAAUAACUACAGAAAUAAUUGUACUGUACAAAAUAUUAAUUAUGUUUAAAUUAUUGUAAAAAUUUUUAUACCGAUAAAAUUGUCAUUUUACAAGAAAUUAUUAUUAUUUUGAUAUAAAAAUGCAGAAAAAUAUUGUAUUGAUGCCUUGAUAUAGAUUUGAAUAUUUAAUAAUUUUAAGAUGAAAUUUUUUUCAAGUGUAAUAUCCAAAAACAAUGAAAUCAUAGUACAAUUAAUCUAUUUAUAUAUAUAAAUCGUUACUGUAAAGAGUGCCUGAAAUUUUUUUUACAUGUUAUUUUCUUAUAUAUAUAACUUUACAUGUCUUAAUUUAUCAUAAAUUUAAAAUGUGGAUUUGCCAAAGCAAGAGUCUGCAACCUCCAGAAACUAGGCAGAGCUCUGGGAUGAUUAUUUUGUCAAUGCAUGGCAUGUGGUAGACUAGAGCUAGCCCGAGUUGUAACAGGAUUGUAUCGAAGGUGAGGAGCCAGACCCAAUAUAUGUCAGGCUACCUAUAAAAAGUUUAAGGUUCGACUCUGGUUUAAAUCCCUUGGGAUGCCUAGUCUCGAGUUAUGUGAGUCAACGUGUUGAGUGUAUCACAACGAAUUGAUACAAUACAAUAUUCUCAAUGGUUUGAGCCAUUCACCGAGUACUUGACACUCUCAACACAUCACCAUUGCGACUCACAUAACUGGAGACUAAGCAUCCACAGUGGGAGGCAGACAUCUUUGUUGCUUAUCUGUGGAUUUGGCUUCUCUUAUUAAGAAAUCUUCUGACAACAUAGCAAUUGAACAGCUAGUUGAAUAUUUUGUCAAACACUUUUAAAACAAAUUUUCUAUAAUUAACACAAUUCUUUAGCUUAGUUUUAAUGCUCUUGUUUCUGAAUUACUGACAAAGAAUAUAGAAUAAAGCAUCAGUUCAAAUUAUCUGUAAUAAGAGAAUCCUUUACCAUAAUAGGUGAUUUUCCUACUGACUGCAAUAUAAGUGAAUGGUCUCUAAAGGACUCUGCCUAUAAAACUGUCAUCCCCUUCUGUCCAAAUCUAUCUUUGACUUUGCUUCUCCAAUCAUUGUAACGGGAGAACACAAGAAAUUCUAGAAUCUAGCAAUGAUUUUCAAACUUUGUACUAUGGAAUUCUAACUAGCUUAUUUUUGAUAUGUGUAACAUACCCGAUACCCUUUAUUUAAACUUUUCAGGUAUCAGAGAAUCUUGGAACAUCCUGUGAUAUCACAAAAGCCAAGUCGGAAACUACCGUUCUAGAGGUUUUUGGGGUUGCAACUUACACACAUUUUUGAUUUAUGAUAAAUUAACUGUGCUGUAUAAAUAUAGUAGAGUCCAAUUUUUUAUAUAAUUCUAAAAGUAUUCUCUUGCAUUUAAAGAUUUAAUUUGAUUUUUUAUAUUUAAAUAAACAUUUGUACAAAGUUUUAAAUACUGUUUCACGAAACCAUCAGUUUUAAGGGGGAAAGGGAGAAAAUUUUUGCUUUCCUGUUUCAUUGGACUAGAAUUUUAAUACAAAUAAAACAUGUGUAUUAAAAUAAUUUAUUACUUUUUGUAGAAAUCGUGUAAAUAAACUCAUUUAUGUAUUUUA